AUGCCCUCUUCAGCAAAGAUCGCAGCAGAGCUACGCAAAUUGGCCGAUGAGAUCGAGUCUGAAGAUCUUAAAAACACGCAGCAUGACUUUCACCUGCCACUGGCCAAAGUGCACCAAGCCUUGGACAAACUAAGUAGUCCAUUUGAACUAGCGUACGAUCAAACAUUUGUGCAGCCGCUCCGUCUCAUGUGUAUUAGAAUCGGCAUUGAGAUGGGCUUGUUUGUCGAGCUUCAGAAGUUUGAAAAGCCGCAAAAAGUCCGGGACUUAGCCAUCAACUUGAAAGCGGAUCCCAAUCUGCUCAGAAGACUAAUGCGCUUGCUUUCAUCAACGGGUGAUCUGUUGGAAGUCGAUGUCGAUACGUUUCAAGGCACAAAGUACUCUAAUGCCAUCGCUACGAUGCCAUUUGUCUCUGGCGAAAUCGUGUCGAACGUGGAUAUGAUGCUGAGAGGUGCCUACGCUUUGCCCCGACAUCUCAAACGUUGUGGAUAUCAAGACAUAACGCUGAGUGAGCAAGCGCCUUUUCUUGUCGCAAAUGGAGGUGUUGGAUACUUCGAAGCGGUGGCCCAGGAUCCCGUGCAGCAGAAAGCAUUCAACGACUUCCAAACCGUGCAAGCACAGGUCGGCCUGGACAACUUUGGAAACAAAUACCCCAUCAAAGAACGGCUUCUCGAUGGCUUCAACCCUUUGAAUGGUCCCUUGCUCGUUGAUGUUGGCGGUGGACUUGGCCUUUUCCUAAACAUGCUCGCCAGGCGUUUGCCAAAACCGUACCAGUUGGUUUUGCAGGACUUGCCACGUACUAUCGAGCAAGCGCAGAGUUCCAAACUAGCUGCCAACAUAACAGCCAUGGCUCACGAUUUCUUCAAAGAGCAGCCAAUAGCGAAUGCUAGGGCAUAUUACCUGAGACAUGUUCUCCAUGACUGGCCUGACGCCGAGUGCAUUUCCAUCUUGAAGAACAUCCAUCAUGCUAUGAAACCUGGCUACAGUCGAGUUCUGGUAGAAGAGAGUGUGAUUCAGCCCAGAGGGACAAACUCUGCGAUCGCUGCAUUGGAUAUGGUGAUGAUGUGUUGCUUUGGAGCUCGCGAGAGAAGCGAGCAAGAGUGGGCUGAGCUUUUAGAACAGGCUGGACUUCGACUUGCCCAUGUCUGGGGUAGUGGCGAGCAAAGGGUCAUCGAGGCCGAAAUGGCUCUCUCCGGUCGUCUAUGA